AUUUCGCAGCACGACUGUAAACCAAAAUUCCGAUUCGUCAUGGGCCUUUAGAUCCGCUCACCUGAGCAAUAAGACUGGGUUGCAUGCACAUGGCCCCAAUGCCCUCAAAGGUCACCAGGUUUAGCUUUUCAAGUGCUUGACCGUGACUGGCUGGCAGUCAACUUGAAUGUGUGUGAGCUUUCGAGCCUUUCAUGGUGAGGGUGGCAGCGUGUCUACAAUACAGCGCACACAGGCUUACAAUAGAUGCCAUGAAAAGUUCCGUGUGUAGGAUUCCUGCUUGUGAAGUACUGUUAAAUGGAACAGCGGUGUACGUAUACUCACCUCCACUUCCAGGAGAGCUUUAAGGUAAUGAUCAAGAGUAGGCUGAGUUAUGGAUAAAUGUAACCCCGCCCCAACACAGGAAUAUGCAAAUUCGGGCCAGCAGGCGCCAACCAAUGCGGACCUGACCACACCCUCCACCAAUAGGAUUGAUCCUGGUCGCCAGACAGGUGCCAGUGAAGCGAAUGAAGUAGACACACCGCCAAAGGGACCCAAAUUCACCUAUUACCAGAAGGCCACUUUUGCCAGUGCAGUGCUGGCGAAUCUGGCGAAUUAUAUGGCCUUCUCCAUCAUAAGUGUCUUCUACCCAAUAAAUGCAGAAGGAAGAGGAGUUUCGCAGACAGUUAUUGGGCUUGUGUUUAGCGCAUUCUCCCUUUCAGCGGGUAUUGGAUCACCGAUAUGGGGCAAAACUAUUCCUAUCGUUGGCGCUCGGUUUGUCUUUUUGGCGGGAACAUUCGUUACUGGCUGUUGCAGCAUCUUGUUUGGGUCAAUUGCUGCCAUGCCAACGAAGGAAACAUUUACUGGUUUUAGCUUAGCCAUUAGACUUUUGGGAGGGCUAGGAAGUUCGGCUUGCCUGACGGCGUCAGCAGCAUGCGUGGCUUACGCGUUCCCCGAGAAUGUCGGCACAGCUGUGAGCACGGUCGAGAUGAUGGGAGGUCUGUCGUGUGCAAUUGGACCGGCUAUUGGUGGCCUACUCUAUGACGCCGGUGGCUUUGAGCUCCCGUUCUUUGUUCUCGGAGCGGUUGUUCUUGUUGUCAAUUUUAUCAAUUUCUUCUUGCUGCCAGAGCAGGGAACGAAGAACGAAGAGUCUGGAUCCUUGAUCAGAGUUUUGAGGAUACCAGCCAUGUGGGUUGCUUUGGCAAGCACGGCUUUGGCUGCUGUUGCAUUUUCAGUCUUAAACCCUACCCUGUCAAUUCAUCUGAAAAGGCUUGAUUUCACGGUGAUUCAAAUCAGUUUGAUCUUUUUUGGUUGGGGUCUUGCGUACGCGAUGGCCACGGUAAUUUGGGGAGCUGUUGCUGAUGCUACGAAAGCCACGAGGAUUAUGAUGGUCAUGGGGGCGUUUGGCACCGCAGUCUUCUAUUUACUCUUGGGGCCGUCACCUCUGCUGAAAAUACCUUCGACCAAGUUAGUGGCUAUCCUAGCCAUUCCUUUCGGGGCUGCUAUGAUGGCUUUGAUAAGUAUCCCACCCAUCGUUGACAUGUUCGACUCUGCGGUGUGGUAUGGUAUCCCAAACAACCUUGGACUCAGUUCCAUUAUAUCUGGCCUUUGGAAUGGUGGAGUUUCAGUCGGACUUUUCGCCGGGCCUUUGUUAGGGGGACAGCUGGCGGAUCGCUACGGAUUUGCCAUUUUAUCGACGGUUAUUGCUGGUUGUUGUCUCGUGGUUAUGAUCUUCAUUUGUCUGUUUGGAGUGUGGGAGUAUCAAUGUGGCAAAGGGAGACGAAUACCUUCAUCACGGCUUGAGGCGGAGGCUAAUUCGACUGAAGACGAACGGAGGCCACUCGCUGCAACAGAAUGAUGUACGAUAACAUUUGGUGGAGAGCUGUUAUAAUGUUAAUUCAAAACAGGAAUAGAUUCCUACGAGGAAAAAAAUGUGUGGGGCAAUUUGCCAAAAAAGUAAUUUAGAAGAUUUUAAGCAUGUUUCUACCAUGUAUUAGCACAAUUAUCAUAGGUGAACAGUAAAUUUGUAUUCAAAAAUUCUAUGUUUUAUGAAUAACGAAAAACCACCAACCAUGUGAAAAUGUCGGGUUUUAAACAAUAAAAACUAGGUACUUACCACUUUCUAUGCUUUGUAAAUAGGCCUAAUGCAACAUUGUACCCUUGUUCAAUGUAUGAAAACUGUUGCUAUUUGGCAUCGAAAAGUGCACCUAAAAAAUUUCUGAAAACAUGUGUUUUGGCGACCCCUAACCAGAAACAUCAUUGUUACUGUGGGAAUCCGCCUGUUGCCAUUCAAUAAAUUACAUACCUAACGUUUGCCCUAAAGCAACUGGGGUACUGAUUCACCUCUUAUUUAGACGUGUUCCUUCGCGUGUGUUGGGAAUAGUUCCGACUACUUCUAUGGUAGUUGUGUUUAAUUUACCUGGACUCCCCAAAGACACUCUGGGUAAAAGUCAUUGCAAAUUUUUGGAAUUAGCUUAAUAGUAGAUUGUCAUUGUAUGUUUAUAAUAUUCCUACCUCGCAUGGAUACGCCAUUUCUUGCUUCUUGUUUUGCUGGCCCCGCUGUGUCCUGGACGGGUUCCUCUU